CUCUCAGUAUCAACCAGCAUCCCUCAGCUCCUUCUGUUCUCUCCAGCUAAGAGUGAGUGUGCCCACUGUACUUUUGGCAGUGUCACCAUCACUCCAGUCCAUUAAGAGAAUUAGCAUGGGGCUCUCCCGGGGCCAUGCUGGAUGGGAUUGCCCCACCAAUCAGCACACAGACAGCCCCACUUGGCAGCCCGUCCCCUCCGGAGUCGCAGGUUAAUGACAGAACUGCUUAAGAGAUUGCUCACUGCACAGCUCAUUCAGAAUGAAGCGCAGAGAAGAAAUGGCACGAUAAAUCGAUCUGCUGGCAAUGGGUGUCUGUCUGUUCGUCAUUGAUUCUGUGAUACUGAAGGAAGAUUUUCCAUCAGCAUUUGCAGGUGUGCUAGUGGGCACUCCAAUUCGAGCAGCAGUCACGAUGGUGGCCCUGUCGCUGAAGAUUUGUGUGCGGCAGUGCAAUGUGGUCAAGACGAUGCAGUUUGAGCCCUCAACUCCAGUUUACGAUGCUUGCCGGAUUAUCCGGGAGAGAGUUCCAGAGGCCCAGUCUGGACAAGCAUCAGAUUACGGGCUUUUCCUGUCCGAUGAUGACCCCAGGAAAGGGAUCUGGUUGGAAUCAGGACGCACCCUUGAUUACUACAUGCUGCGGAAUGGGGAUGUUCUGGAGUACAAGAAAAAGCAGAGGCCUCAGAAGAUCAAAAUGCUGGAUGGAACCAUCAAAACCAUAAUGGUGGAUGACUCCAAAACAGUAGGGGAGCUGUUGGUCACCAUCUGCAGCAGGAUAGGAAUCACUAAUUACGAGGAGUACUCGCUGAUCCAGGAGCAGGUGGAGGAGAAGAAAGAGGACGGGAUGGGGACGCUGAAGAAAGACAGAACCCUCCUGCGGGACGAGAGGAAGAUGGAGAAGCUGAAAGCCAAGCUUCACACAGAUGAUGAUUUGAACUGGCUGGACCACAGUCGGACGUUUCGGGAGCAGGGUGUUGAGGAGAGCGAAAUAUUGCUCCUGCGAAGGAAGUUCUUCUAUUCUGACCAGAAUGUCGACUCUCGCGAUCCUGUCCAGCUCAACCUGCUCUAUGUACAGGCCCGGGACGACAUUCUAAACGGAUCCCACCCCGUGUCCUUUGAUAAGGCCUGCGAGUUCGCUGGAAUUCAGGCGCAGAUCCAGUUCGGUCCCCACGUGGAGCACAAACACAAGCCAGGAUUUCUAGACCUGAAGGAGUUCCUACCAAAAGAAUACAUCAAACAGAGGGGGGCGGAGAAGAGGAUUUUUCAGGAUCAUAAAACCUGUGGCGAGAUGACGGAGAUUGAGGCUAAAGUCAAGUACGUGAAGCUCGCCAGAUCCCUGCGCACAUACGGAGUCUCCUUUUUCCUGGUCAAGGAGAAGAUGAAAAGCAAGAAUAAGUUGGUGCCGCGUCUGCUGGGCAUUACCAAAGAGUCGGUGAUGAGGGUGGAUGAGAAAACCAAAGAGGUGGUGCAGGAGUGGCCACUCACCACAGUCAAGAGAUGGGCCGCGUCACCCAAGAGCUUCACACUGGAUUUUGGCGAGUAUCAGGAGAGUUAUUACUCAGUCCAGACCACAGAGGGGGAGCAGAUCUCACAACUCAUCGCUGGAUACAUCGACAUCAUCCUGAAGAAAGUCCACCAUCCUCCAGCAGCAGUUUAACCGGGUGGGUCGAGUCGAGCACGGGUCGGUGGCGCUGCCUGGCAUCAUGCGUUCAGGGUCAAUAGGAGGCCCCGACACUUUCAACAUGGGCACGAUGCCCUCAGCCCAACAGCAAAUCACCAUGGGACAGAUGCACAGAGGACACAUGCCCCCUCUGGCAUCCAGAAUGUGGGUUCAGAAUAAAGUGGAUGAGUCCAAACACGAGAUUCACUCUCAAGUGGACGCCAUCACUGCUGGAACAGCAUCAGUGGUCAACCUCACUGCCGGUGACCCCAUAGACACGGAUUACACCGCUGUGGGCUGCGCCAUCACCACCAUCUCCUCCAACUUGACGGAGAUGUCCAAGGGUGUGAAGCUGCUGGCGGCUCUGAUGGAGGAUGAAGUGGGCAGCGGGCAGAACCUGAUGGGAGCCGCGAGGACCCUCACAGGGGCCGUGUCUGACCUGCUGAGAGCCGUGGAGCCCACGUCUGGAGAGCCCAGACAAACGGUGCUGACAGCGGCCGGGAGCAUCGGACAGGCCAGCGGAGACCUGCUCAAACAAAUGGGAGAGGGAGAGACCGACGGGAGAUUCCAGGACAUUAUGAUGAACCUGGCUAAAGCCGUAGCGAACGCCGCCGCUAUGCUUGUGCUGAAGGCCAAGAACGUGGCGCAGGUGGCCGAGGACACGGCGCUCCAGAACCGGGUCAUUACCGCCGCCACGCAGUGUGCACUUUCCACAUCACAGCUGGUGGCCUGUACUAAGGUGGUGAGUCCCACCAUCUCGUCCCCGGUGUGCCAGGAGCAGCUGGUGGAGGCAGGCCGGCUGGUGGAGCGCUCGGUGGAGGGCUGUCUGAGGGCCUGCCACGCCGCCUCCGAGGAAGCCGAACUGCUCCGGCAGGUCAACCUGGCGUCCGGAGGCGUCAGUCAGGCGCUCAGUGACCUGCUGCAGCACGUCCGCCACUAUGCCAGCUGCGGAGAGCCCAUCGGACGCUACGACCAGGCCACCGACACCAUCAUGACCGUCACUGAGAGCAUCUUCACCUCCAUGGGCGACGCAGGCGAAAUGGUGCGACAGGCGAGGGUUUUGGCCCAGGCUACGUCAGACUUGGUGAAUGCGAUGCGCUCGGAUGCUGAGGCUGAAAUCGAUGUGGAUAAUUCGAAGAAACUGCUGGCGGCUGCCAAACUGUUGGCCGAUGCCACCGCCAGGAUGGUGGAAGCUGCGAAGGGAGCUGCGGCUUAUCCGGAAAAUGAAGACCAGCAGCAGCGGCUGAGAGAGGCGGCUGAAGGACUACGGGUCGCCACCAACGCAGCUGCCCAAAACGCCAUCAAAAAGAAGCUCAUUCACAGACUGGAGAAUGCAGCAAAGCAGGCGGCAGCAGCUGCAACACAGACCAUCGCCGCGGCCCAGAAUGCAGCUGCAUCCAAUAAGAACACCAUGUCUCAUCAGCAGCUCGUCUUCAGCUGCAAGGCUGUGGCGGACCAUAUUCCACACCUAGUGCAGGGCAUGAGGGGCAGUCAGGCCCACCCGGAAGAUCUUGGUGCCCAACUGGCCCUUAUCAUCGCCAGCCAGAGUUUCCUGCAGCCAGGAAGUAAAAUGGUGACGUCUUCAAAAGCGGCUGUUCCGACGGUCACUGAUCAGGCGGCUGCGAUGCAACUUGGUCAGUGUGCCAAGAACCUGGCCACCUGCCUGGCAGAGCUGCGCACCGCUGCACAGAAGGCCCAUGAAGCGUGUGGUCCUCUAGAGAUCGACUCCGCUCUCAGUGCUGUCCAGACUCUGAAGAGUGAACUACAGGACGCCAAAAUGGCUGCGCUAGACUUACAACUCAAACCUUUACCAGGAGAAUCUUUGGAGAAAUGUGCUCAGGAUCUGGGGAGUACGUCUAAAGCUGUGGGCUCCUCCAUGGCCCAGCUACUGACCUGCGCCGCACAAGGAAACGAACACUAUACUGGUGUGGCAGCGAGGGAAACCGCUCAGGCUCUGAGAACAUUGGCUCAGGCCGCGAGAGGGGUGGCAGCGAGUACCGUUGAGCCCCAGGCGGCAGCGGCCAUGCUGGACUCAGCCUAUCAUGUGAUGGAGGGCUCAGCCAUGCUCAUCCACGAAGCCCACCAAGCCCUGGUGUGCCCCGGUGAUGCCGAGAGCCAGCAGAGAUUAGCACAGGUGGCGAAGGCCGUCUCUCACUCUCUGAAUAACUGUGUGAACUGCUUACCUGGACAGAAGGAUGUGGACAUGGCCCUCAGGAGCAUUGGAGAGGCCAGUAAGAAACUGCUUGUGGAAAACCUUCCUCCAUGCUCUAAAUCCUUCCAAGAGGCGCAGACGGACUUGAACCACACAGCAGCCGAGCUCAACCAUUCGGCCGGGGAUGUUGUGCAGUCUUCGCGCGGGAGCAGCAGCCAGCUGGCCGUGGCUUCUGGGAAAUUCAGCCAAGACUUUGACGAGUUUUUAGACGCUGGCAUCGAGAUGGCAGGACACACUCAGUCUAAAGAUGACCAGAUCCAGGUGAUUAGCAACCUGAAGAACAUCUCGAUGGCGUCCAGCAAGCUGCUCUUGGCUGCCAAAUCCCUCUCUGUAGAUCCAGGAGCAGCAAAUGCCAAGAAUCUCCUCGCAGCCGCCGCACGAGCUGUCACGGAAAGCAUUAAUCAGCUCAUCACGCUGUGUACCCAGCAGGCACCAGGACAAAAAGAGUGCGACAACGCUUUACGAGAACUUGAGGCUGUUCGAGGAAUGUUGGACAAUCCCAACGAGCCGGUCAGCGAUCUCUCGUACUUUGAUUGCAUCGAGAGCGUUAUGGAGAACUCCAAGGUUUUAGGGGAGUCCAUGGCUGGAAUCUCGCAGCACUGUAAGACUGGAAACGUGCCAGCGUUUGGAGAUUGUGUUGGCGUGGCGUCUAAAGCGCUGUGUGGGCUGACCGAGGCCGCGGGACAGGCUUCCUAUUUGGUUGGAGUCUCGGAUCCCAACAGCCAGUCUGGUCAUCAGGGAUUGGUUGAUCCCAUCCAGUUUGCCAGAGCCAAUCAGGCGAUUCAGAUGGCCUGCCAGAACCUGGUGGACCCAGCCAGCAGCCCUUCCCAGGUUCUAUCAGCCGCUACCAUUGUUGCAAAGCACACCUCGGCUCUUUGCAACGCCUGCCGCUUGGCGUCUUCCAAAACAGCCAAUCCUGUAGCCCGCAGACAUUUCGUCCAAUCAGCCAAAGAAGUCGCUAAUACCACAGCUAACCUGGUCAAAACUAUAAAGGCUUUAGACGGGGAUUUCUCGGAUGAAAACCGCGAGAGGUGUCGAGUGGCCACGACUCCGCUGAUAGAAGCUGUGGAUAAUCUCUCCACCUUUGCCUCCAACCCCGAGUUUGCCAGCAUUCCUGCACAGAUAAGCCACGAGGGUUCAGCAGCGCAGGAGCCAAUCGUUCGCUCUGCUCGCUCAAUGUUGGACAGCUCCACCCACCUCUUAGAGACCGCCCGCUCGCUCAUCAUCAACCCCAAAGACCCGCCCACCUGGUCCAUCCUGGCAGGACACUCACGCACCGUGUCGGACUCCAUCAAGAGCCUCAUCACAUCCAUCAGGGACAAGGCUCCUGGGCAGCGGGAGUGUGACCAGUCCAUCGACAGCAUCAAUAAGAGCAUCAGGGACAUCGAGCAAGUCUCUCUUGCUGCCGUGGGUCAGAGUUUGCCACGCAGAGAUGACAUUUCCCUGGAGGCGUUACAGGAGCUGCUGACGUCUGCCGUGCAGGAAAUCGGCCACCUCAUCGACCCCAUAUCCACAGCAGCACGAGGCGAAGCAGCUCAACUCGGACACAAGGUGACUCAGUUAGCCAGCUACUUCGAGCCGGUGAUUGUGGCGUCAGUAGGACUGGCGUCUAAACACGCGGACCACCAGCAGCAGAUGAACAUACUGGACCAAACCAAAACGCUGUUUGAGUCUGCUCUACAGAUGCUGUAUGCUGCCAAAGAGGGCGGAGGAAACCCAAAGGCGACGCACACUCAUGAUGCCAUUUCCGAAGCGGCCCAGCUGAUGAAGGAGGCAGUCGAUGACAUCAUGGUGACCCUGAAUGAAGCGGCUAGUGAGGGCGGGAUGGUGGGCGGCAUGGUGGAGUCCAUCGCUGAGUCCAUUGGACGGAUGACAAAGUCUGUGACGUGCCCGGAGGAGCUGGGUGGCCUGGCGUCUCAGGUGACCGUGGAUUACAGUCAGCUGGCACAACAAGGCCGACUGGCAGCUGCCACCGCUGAGCUGGAGGAGGUGGGAUCUCAGAUCAAGACCCGGGUGCAGGAGUUGGGUCAUGGCUGUAUCUACCUGGUGCAGAAGGCCGGAGCGCUGCAGAUGAGCCCGACUGAUAGUUUCACCAAGAGAGAGCUAAUCGAGUGCGCUCGAGCCGUCACCGAAAAGGUGUCUAUGGUGUUAUCAGCCCUGCAGGCUGGUAAUAAAGGAACUCAGGCCUGCAUAACAGCAGCCAGUUCCGUCUCGGGGAUCAUCGCUGAUCUGGACACCACCAUCAUGUUCGCCUCUGCCGGCACUCUCAAUGCAGAGAACGAAGAGUCUUUUGCAGACCACAGAGAGAACAUAUUGAAAACUGCUAAAGCUUUGGUUGAGGACACCAAGCUGCUCGUGUCUGGUGCUGCGUCGAGCCAGGACAAACUAGCCCAGGCGGCCCAGUCCUCUGCCAAAACCAUCACGCAGCUCACUGACGUGGUCAAACUGGGAGCUGCAAGCAUGGGCUCAGAAGACCCGGAGACACAGGUGGUUCUGAUAAACGCAGUCCGAGACGUCGCUAAAGCUUUGGCCGAGCUGAUUAGUGCCACUAAAUGUGCCGCGGGCAAAGCGGCAGACGAUCCCUCCAUGUAUCAGCUGAAAAGUGCUGCCAAGGUCAUGGUGACGAACGUGACCUCUCUGCUGAAAACUGUGAAAGCUGUGGAAGACGAGGCCACUCGCGGGACGAGGGCUCUGGAAGCCACUAUUGAGUGCAUCAAACAAGAACUCACUGUUUUCCAGUCCAAGGACAAUCCGGAGAAAUCCACCACCCCAGAAGAGUUCAUCCGCAUGACCAAGGGCAUCACCGUUGCGACAGCCAAAGCGGUGGCAGCAGGCAACUCUGCUCAGCAGGAGGAUGUGAUAUCCACUGCCAACCUGAGCCGAAAAGCCAUCUCUGACAUGCUGACCACCUGCAAGCAAGCCGCGUACCACCCAGAAGUGGGCGAGGAUGUGAGGAAUAAAGCUCUUCUCUAUGGCAUUGAAUGCACCACCGGAUACGUCGACUUGCUGGAACACGUCCUGCUCGUCCUUCAGAAACCCACGGCUGAACAGAAACAGCAGUUGGCCUCGCUGUCUAAGAAAGUGGCGAGUUCAGUCACAGAGCUCAUCCAGACGGCUGAAGCCAUGAAAGAUGGAGGUUCGGAGUGGGUGGACCCUGAAGACCCUACGGUGAUUGCGGAGACAGAGCUUCUGGGUGCUGCUGCGUCCAUCGAGGCCGCCGCCAAGAAACUGGAGCAGCUGAAGCCCAGAGCCAAACCAAAGCAAGCCGAUGAGUCUCUGGAUUUUGAAGAGCAGAUCCUGGAAGCGGCAAAAUCCAUCGCAGCCGCAACCAGUGCUCUGGUCAAAUCUGCAUCGGCCGCACAGAGAGAACUCGUAGCCCAGGGCAAGGUGGGCUCCAUCCCUGCCAAUGCAGUAGAUGACGGCCAGUGGUCUCAAGGUCUCAUAUCAGCUGCACGGAUGGUUGCGGCCGCCACUAGUAACCUGUGUGAGGCGGCGAACGCUUCGGUUCAGGGUCACGCCAGUGAGGAGAAGCUCAUCUCUUCUGCUAAACAGGUGGCGGCGUCCACUGCACAGCUGCUGGUGGCCUGCAAAGUCAAAGCAGACCAGGACUCUGAGGCCAUGAGGAGAUUACAGGCUGCUGGUAACGCGGUCAAGCGAGCGUCUGACAACCUGGUGAAGGCAGCGCAGAAAGCAGCUUUCGAUAAAGCCGAAGACGACAGCGUUGUGGUGAAAACGAAAUUCGUCGGAGGAAUCGCUCAGAUCAUUGCAGCCCAGGAGGAGAUGCUCCGAAAGGAAAGGGAACUAGAAGAAGCCCGAAAGAAACUGGCCCACAUCCGACAGCAGCAAUACAAGUUCCUGCCCAGCGAACUGCGAGAAGACCAGAGCUGAACACUCGUCUGAUUGGACACCAUAUCCAGCGGAUCACGAUUGUUAAGGAUGAUUGGCUGUUCCACAGAUGAAGGAGCAGGGAGAGACGUCGCACGUCAUUGGUUGUGUUACUGUCAGGUGACUUGUUGAAGUUAAAUGUGAUUGGCUCACAUGGGACUAGCACCACUGAUUGGUCGUAUGUUGGAGUAUGAAAGCAUUUCCUCUUUCAUAGGGCUAAUAUUUUAUGUUCCUUUUUUUUCGUCAUGAAUUAAGAGUGUGUGUGUGUGUGUGUGUGUUUUGUGUACUUAAGAAUCUCAAUAAUCCUACACAAAAUCAGUAUGUCUUAUAAUGCAACCAAUGUGAAUCUAUUAAAAAUCGUCGGAAUUUCA